GUCGUUUGGUUUUUCUACAUGUGCUAAGACAUAGAAUAUUUAUAUUUGAAGAGGGUUAAAUACAAGUGCAAUUCUCAUGACUGGUUAGAUCAGUCAACAACAUUUAAUUCAGUGUUGGAAAAUAUUCGGUGACAUCAUCAUUGCGCGCGCUCCCAAUAACAACGCGUAACUGCAACGUGAGUUAGCAUUAGCUAGUGAGAAGUACCCUACAUUUAUUGAUAUACCGCAUACUGCACUGAUAAUUAAAUAAAUACAUCGGAUCGAAACGCAAUGGAUGACGAUGAGGAAACAUAUAGGCUAUGGAAAAUUCGGAAAACCAUCAUGCAGGUGGGUUACUGAGAUGAGUUGUUUGCUAGCUAACGUUAGCUGUAUCAACUUUAGUAGUAGCUAGCUAACUAUCGGUAGUUGUAAUCAAGAUAUGAUACCCAAAGGGAAGCUGUUUUCACUAGGUAUAGUUUAAUGCUGAAUGGUGUAAUGGAGUAUGAAUGACCAUUGCCCUUAUCAUGACUCCAAUUAGCUAUAGUUUUAGCGCAUAGAGAAUGAUAAAGGCCUCUAGUGGCCAAAAGGCUGUAUUAGCAUGGGCAGCGCCAUUGAGGGCUUCCACCAUUUUAAUGUCAACUGGGUGAGACUUUCAACUUCAUUGGCUGAUCCCUCCUGGUGACCCAAUUGGAGUCAUGUCCAACCGGGUCAUCAGGAGGGACCAGCCAAUCUUGAAGAACAACAUUGACCACUUCAAAAUGGAACAGAUACAAAUAUGAGUCCUCUAUCUAUCUCUAUGGCUAUGCUUCAUGAUUCAAUGGAUCCAGUAUAUAAAUGACCUGUCUUGUUGCCACAUUACAUGGAAAGGGUCAUUGUACAACUCUCUCCUUGUUGGUCAGCUGUGUCAUGACCGAGGCUACCUGGUGACCCAAGAUGAGUUGGACCAGACCUUGGAUGAGUUUAAAAGUCAGUUCGGGGACAAACCCAGUGAGGGUCGCCCACGACGGACAGAUCUCACCGUCCUGGUAGCACACAAUGAUGACCCCACGGACCAGAUGUUUGUUUUCUUUCCUGGUAUGUUAUUGACAAUGUAGCCAAUGAGGCCCUAGUGACCAUGUUGACAGUCAUUUUUGAUACGAAAAUAUUAACCUGGCAAAUUAAAAAGAAGUCAGCACCUGUCAGUUUGUUGUAGUCCUGUAACUGUUAUAACAAUAUUGAGUCCCUUCAUUUUCACCCAUGCAGAGGAGCCUAAAGUUGGUAUCAAGACCAUCAAGAUGUACUGCCAGCGGAUGCAGGAGGAGAACAUCACACGUGCCUGCAUUGUAGUUCAGAUGGGAAUGACACCUUCAGCUAAGCAGGUGAGGUUUGUGGAGAUGAGAGCUUGCUUUUUCAAGCUACUAUGAUGUUGAAGUUUUCUUUACAAACAGUUUUUCAUUUGUGGUCUUAUAUAUUUUUUCCAUAUCAAAUUUUAGUCUCUAGUUGAUAUGGCCCCCAAAUACAUCCUGGAACAGUUUCUGCAGCAGGAGCUUCUAAUAAACAUCACUGAGCAUGAGGUAAGCAGAUGGAAAGUUAUGUUGCAAUAGCAUUACUAAGAUUUGAUAGCUUAGUAUGAAAAAUUGUAGUCAUAUCAUAAGACCUUUGAACUGCUGUGUGGCACACUUAACUAAUCUGAUUGUCAUGUAUUUCUUCCUUUUGUUGCAGCUAGUUCCUGAACACAUAGUCAUGACAAAAGAGGAACUGUCUGAAUUGCUGUUACGAUAGUAUCCUUUUUCACAACAUGGAUUUCAAACUUGUACCUGGAUCGAGUAUAAAUCUUCAGGUCUAUGGACUGGAUUCACAUGCAUAGCCAACCCAAAUGAUCCCAUUUUUUAGAUAAACAAGUUAAUUAUUCACGUAGAUGAAUUAGAAAUGAUAUUUUUUCAAAUAAUCUAUUGAUCUAACACUAGAUUAUGUUAUAUAGAGAUACUUGUGUGUUGGGAUUCCUUUAUUUGUCUCUCAGUAAACUGAAGGAGAGCCAGCUGCCUAGGAUCCAACAAGGAGAUCCUGUGGCCCGGUACUUUGGAUUGAAAAGAGGCCAGGUACAAGAUCGGUCUCCUUGACCUAAUGUGGUUAGACAUUUUCUGAAAUGACUGUCAUGAUGUUAAGUGAUUUACUAGGCUCUCGUUCUUCUUUGCUGUGACAGGUAGUAAAGAUAAUCAGACCCAGUGAGACUGCUGGACGAUACAUCACCUACAGGCUGGUCCAGUGAGGAUUUCAAUGUGAGUGCUUGGUGAAUAUCUUGAUUGCCAUGUUAGGGCUGUUUCCUAAGCAGCAUCUCUAUAUUGUUAAUUAUUUUUCAAAUGGGCAUUUUUGUGCAUUUGAGAAUGGUAAUUCUGAUACUACUCUUGUUCCUUUAGGUAUGUUGCUGUACUGUCUAAGGAACAGUGGGUGAGCCAAUAAAACUCAAUUCACUCAUGGAUUAUUCUACAGAUGGCCUCAUCUCUUUGGAUUAAGUUUGGCCUUUGUUCCCCUUUGUUCAAUAAAUCUUAUGUCAAUGGUGAUGCUGGUCAAUGAUUUUAGAGGCUGUUAUAAUGAUUUUAAAUGGUUUGACCAUCCAGAU